GCAAUAAAAAUCUUUUGUUUGACAUGUAGUACAUUAAAUCUUUAAAGCAGUGCCAAUUAUAAUUAGCAACCAGCUUUGUUUAUGGUCAAUUUUGUCAUUGCAAGCUGAUAAUAUGUUAUGUGCUUUUUUUCAAACGCUAGCUACUGGUUUCCCUCUUUGUUGCUUCUGGAGCAAUGCUCAUGGCCUGGACUCUCGAAGCUGUCUGACUUAUUCAGACGUUGACUUUUAUUGGGAUAACAACUUCCACCGGGAUUUCCUCUAUCAAGCCAUGAUCAGAAAACGAAGUUUCUCUUCAUCUUCAAAGUCAAUCUCCAUACCUUCUAUAAAAUCUACUGGCUUCAUCAUCGCCUACAUUGACAUUCCCCGAUCUCCACUGUCUCAAUCUCCCCCUUUCUCAAUUCCCAAAUGGCCCCAAAACGAUUAAUUCUACCAGAUAAUUUUGGAAGGGGAAAUGGAGCGAAUGAGACCAUUGGAAAUAACCAUAAACUCUGCAAAAGGCCUCAAAAAGGUGAAGCACCUCUCCAAAAUGGACGUGUAUGUGGUCGUCAAAAUUUCAGGAGACCCCAGCACUGAGCAGAAAACACCAUUGCACAAGGACGGCGGCACCAGCCCCAAGUGGAACCAUCCCAUGCAGUUCACCAUUAACGAAACCCUCGCUCAAACAAAUUCUCUGGUCAUCACCUUCAAGCUCAUAUGUUGCCCCACCUUUCGUGGUGACAAAGAGAUUGGUGAAGCCCAAGUUUCGGUCAGGGAACUCCUUGACAAUGCCGGUAACAGCAACUCUACUGAGUACGUUACGUACCCUGUUAAGAAACCUUGCGGCAAACCAUUUCUAGCGAUCAUUUCUACAUUGACAUUCAGGUUUGGGGAGAAAACCCCAAGCGCAGUCACUGCAUAUCCUGUGGAUGGAACAGCAGUGAAUUAUCCACCGUACCCUCAGCCACAUAAUGCAGCUGUGCCAGCUUACCUACCAGUCGGUUAUCCGCCUGUAGGGUUUCAACAGCCGGUUCAGGAAGGAUACAAGCCAGCGUCAGCACCACCUGCCGGGUAUCCUCCUAUGGGGCCUGCAGGAUCAUAUCCUCCGCAACCGGCAGGGUAUCCGCCGGUGGGGCCAGGAUAUGGAUACCCGCCGGUUGUUCAGCCCGAGAGAAAGAAUGAGAGUGGUGAUGGAUUAGCGUUGAGAGCUGCAGCAUUGGUGGGAGGAUUGCUUGGCGGGAUUUUGCUAGGAGAUAUGGUGGCUGAUGCAGCCGCUGAUUGUGACCCAUAUGCGAAUGCUGCUGAUUACAUAUAAACUCUUUCUUUCUUUCUUGUUUUAUUUUCCUUACUGUUGGGCUUUCAAGUGCACUUCAAAUUCUCUGCCGACCUGUUUGACUGACUGCGACUGCUGUAAUUUGGUUUGUUUGCUAAAGUGAUGUUGCAUUUAAAUUGAGCAACAAAGUGUCGUAAUCAAGGUGCUGGAAAGAUUGAUCUAAGAAAAGAGUGGAUGAAUCUUUAUUCUUUUGCUGCUAGCCAA